UUUCUUGUCUGUUUUCCGUAUCAGCUGCUCUGCGCCUGCGGUGUUUUGUGUUUAUUCUGCAUAUUUGUCCUGUGAUUACAUCGAGUUGAGCUUCGGUUCCUCUGUAUUUGCAGUCGACCCUGUGCUUUUUUGUAUUUUCCCUUCCUAUAUUCACUUAUUUUACUGAAAAUCUCUUUCGGGAAAGUGACUCUUUUUUUGUGAUAUAUUCGUGGUUUUUCGUAUGAAAUGGGUUGUACAAGCCAUCGAAACUGUGUAAUUUGAGGCAAACAAGAGAGUAACCCGAACGAACUCUACGACGAUUCUAAGUUUUUUGCCAAAUUUCCACUGGAUGAAAUCCGCUGCAAGGAGUGGGUUAGAGCUGUUGGCAUUGAAGAUUUGGCACAUAUGCCUAUUGAAAAACUUAAUGAACGACGCCAUAUCUGCGGAGAUCACUUCGAAAAAAGUCAUUUUAGUAAGGAAAUGAAUCGUUUGAAGAAUAUUGCUGUACCUAAACUGCAAUUAUCCUCACCUCCACUGACUGAUAAACAACUUCAACAUUUUCCUCUGCAUACUGCUGCAAAGAACAAAACAGUGCCUAUACCUGAUGCACCAAUGGCUUCCACAAGUAAAGAACAUCAUGUUGCUGACCCUGUCCUGAUACCUGACACGUCAAUGCCUUCCGUAAGUAAAGCACCCUUGAUUGCUGAUCCUAAAUUGGUGUGUUCAGUCAGGUACAAACCUGACGCUUCAUUACCUUCCACAAGUAAGGAACACCUUGUUGCUGAUGUUGUCUUAAACGAAACUGGAUUUGACUCGCUGUAG